CGUUCGUUUGCCAAACUAAUGACGGCACAUUUGACUGCUCAGCGGCGUCUCGCGGUCUACUGAUUUUGUUUGGUGUUUUUUUAUUGUUUAUUCUGCAAUUUAAGAUAAAAAUGUCUACCAAUGAUAAAGACUACGGCUUUCUGCGGCCUCCAAGUGAUGAGCAAUAUGAGUCGGUCUACCGCGAGCCCUCCCAUUAUCAUCCCCUUCAUACAUUUGCCUUGCCGGUCGGAUCAGAGAGGCAUUACCAGCAACAAUAUGGAGAUAUGUAUUUCUUGCGGUUGGCGAAGCUGAAGCCGGCAGUGGAGCAGGUUGCGACAGAGGCUUGGGAAGGAUUCAAUAUUGCUGGGGAGCACGCCCGUCGAGUGGACAGAGUACUGGAUGUGCGACAGGGAGAUCUGUGUUGGGUGGCUGGAACGGUAUACAUGGAUUUGCCGCUCAAACCCAACAUCUUAGACGACUUGACCAAGGAGCACUUCACUUCGGCCCCUCCGCCUCGCCGUACCUACCUCGACCCUUCGAAACCGGAACUCACACAAGUCAUGUUGGAGGAUGAGUCGGGCCGGCUACGACUCACAGGCUCACUUCUCUCGUCAACCCAGUUGGUCACGGGGGCGGUCGUCGCGGUUUUAGGGACAGAGAACGCCAACGGCGACUUUGAGGUCGUCGACGUCAAGGUCCCCGAUUUACCCAGUCAGCCUCGCCGGUGGAAUAAGACUGAAGACAAGAAAGACGGCGGUAAAGGAAAGAUUGCCUUUGUCAGUGGGCUUGGUAUCACGGGAACUUCGAGCGAUACGCUGGCUCUAGAACUUCUCACCGAUUAUCUCCUGGGGUACACUAGUCCCUCAGGGGACGAAGAUGCAUCUAAGAUCACCCGUCUUAUCAUUGCAGGGAACUCCCUGGGCUCGGGAGCCACGUUAGAGGCUGCAACUACAGCUGCAUCAGCAGAGAGUGCUAAAAAGAAGAAUGCCUCGAAAAAGUAUGGAUAUGACGCUUCCACAUAUAACUCUUCGCCCAUUACCCAGCUCGAUUCGUUUCUAUCCGAAAUUCUUCCCAGUAUACCUGUCACCCUCAUGCCGGGCGAGCACGACCCGGCCAACGUCUCACUACCUCAGCAAGGCGUACAUCGAGCUAUGUUCCUCAAGUCCAGGGCAUACUGCUCUGCGCCACCUUCCGGGGACCAACAACCGGAACCUGGCUGGUUCGAUUCCGUGACGAACCCGUGGGAAGGCGAAGUGGAGGGUUUGCGUAUGUUGGGGACCAGUGGCCAGAAUGUGGAUGAUGUCCUGCGAUACUUGGAUUUUGCAGGUGAGGAUGGGACCUCGGAGAACAACGAAGACGCCGAGGCGCGGAUAAGGGUAAUGGAAGCAAUGCUUCGCUGGCGGUGUUUAGUCCCUACCGCGCCGGACACAAUCUGGUGCUACCCAUUCCAAACCAAUGACCCAUUUGUUAUUCAAUCGUGUCCGCACAUCUUCUUUACAGGGAACCAGCCGCAGUUCAAGACAGCAGUCAUCGAAGGGGAUUCCCCUCUGCGUCUAGACGGUCCAGAUGCGAGCAUGGCCGAGGCUGACGAUUCGUCAAUACCGCGUGUCCGCCUUUUGACCAUUCCAAAGUUCAGCGAGACCGGGGAACUGAUAUUGGUGGACACGGAUACUUUAGAAGUCGAAGUCGUUCGAUUUGCAGGAUUUGCAGGGCAGGAAGAAAAAAAGUAGCUCGUUCGUUCUAAUCAAAAUGGAGACCUUAGUAACCAUCUGGGUUGUUAAUUCAAAGGUUGUUUUUUCCCAUCUUUACACUCAAGUAAUGGGUUCAAGCAUAGUAAAUAUAGAACGAUGC